ACAGUCAUAGUAGGUCAUGGCACAGUCACAUGCUCACAUUCCGGUCGGUUUGUCUCGUAAACUCUUCCUUUUGGGGAGUCGAGCGAGCUUUCCUGCAAUCAGGCAUUUGGACUCCCAUCAUUUUCGUUUCCCAUUCCACAUAAUAAUCUUUGCUUUUUUAUCCUACUUUUACUGAUACAUUUAUACUUGCUCGUUAUAACCUUAUUCUUGUCACUCUUUUCAUCAUGGCUGCCCUCGUUGCUUAAAUGGAACACUCACAACCGCCUUGUAAACUCUCCCGUUGCUGCUUGUCGCAGUCGUCCUACUACGAGUCAUUCACUCUUGCGCCCCUUACGCAUCUCUUGUCGUGCUGGUGUGAGAGAGAACGGAAAAAAACGAGCUAGACAAUAAUGGCUCACCACUACUCGCGCAAAAUGAACAUUUACGCUACAGAAUUUGUGCCGUCUUCUGGUUCUUCUUCUGCUUCUUCCGUAAAAGAACAACCCACGAGCAACUCGUCUCGUCGCUCUUCUUCAACGUCUGCUCCCAACAUGUAUAAGAAUAAUAACAAUUCCUACGGUCCUCGCCCCGUUUCGUCGAGUCAGGCUCGCCCCCGCAAGCAGGAGCAGCGCAAAAAGGGAAAGAAGGAGGACGUUAUGGUUCCUGCGUUCAUCAAUGACUAUGAGCCACAGACAGAAGUCUAUGGAUCGCCCAACAAACGCGGUCAAAUCUCCCUCAAUCACCUGCUGGGAUUUCAACUCCCGCCCCGUCAACGCCCUGGUGUAUCGAGGUCUGCAGUCCGUCGCAAGAGCAAUGUCUAUUAUGAGCCUUACAACAAGGAGCGAUUCGUCAAUGCAAAUUUCCGCUUCGUGAUGGAUGAAAAGGGCGACUAUACUGUCAAUAUGAUGGAUCCCGAUAUUGUGGUCGAUUGGAAAGACAUUGUUCAGGCAGUGGUGCCGAUCCAUAAUAAGAAACCUCCGUCUUGCCCAAUCUGCCUUUCCACUCCUAUCGCACCCAAAGCGACAAAGUGUGGUCAUGUCUACUGCUGGCCCUGUAUUACUCACUACCUCCAUCUCGGUGAAAAAAAGUGGCGCAAAUGUCCUAUUUGCUACGACGCCAUCUACGCAAAGGAUUUGAAGCCUGCAAAAUUUGCUAUCACUCAAGAGGUGGGCAAAGCUACACCUGGCAAACCUGCGCAGGUCAGCAUGCUAUUAAUGAAACGUGCGGUGAACUCUACGAUUGCCCUCCCGCGCCUUGCAUACCACACUUGGUCUAAUGCUGGCACGAAUGCUCCGCCUUCCAUUGCAAACGCCAAUGCAGUUCCAUUUGCAAAACUCUUGCUGUCUUCACCAGAAUAUCUUCAAAUUGAGAUUUUGGAACGCGAAAGGGAUGAGCUAAAGGCCAUGUUCGAUGAGGCUUUAAAUGAAGAAGCAGUGGUUAAGGCCGUAGGCGGAACAGGUGGCGGUGGGUUGGAAAGCGAAAAGCCGUUUAUUGAAGUUGCCAUGACAGAGGUCAAGGAAGCACUGAAUGCUCUCCUGAAAAGCAACCGACUACUUGGCAACACGAAAGGCAAAUCCGUGGUAGUCCCACCUGUCGCUAAUCUGCUUGCAUCCGACGAGCCGCCGCCACCAACCUGGACGGAUGAGGUCCUGGAUGUGCAGGCAAAGCAGUUUCAAGAAGAACAGGCUCGUCAAGGCGGGUAUGAGCCUGCCUUUUCGGACGAUGAGGAACAUGACAACACGGGAUCUAGUCCUACCAAGAGCCCGACCAAAAUGCAUGCCCAACCAUCGGCAUCCAAACAAAAUGCACCGAAACAUAAAAAUGAACCGCCCCAAGACGGCAUGUACUACUUUUACCAAUCACUCGAUGGCCAGCAUUUAUACCUCCACCCUCUGGACAUCAAAAUCCUCAAACACGAGUACGGCAGCUACGACCGAUUCCCGGAUCGGAUUAACGUCAAUGUAAUUGCCGCGCAAGAGUCUACGAUGAAUGAGGACUUGAGGAAACGGUGCAAGUAUCUUUCUCAUGUACCCCUUUCGUGCGAUGUCACGUUCUGUGAGGUCGAUAUGAAAGGGCUCGUUUCCAAGUCCACCAGCAAGGUUUUCGAGAAGGAACUCAGCCAACGCCUUAAAAGAUACAGAACCCUCGAACGCAAAGACCAACAAGACAAGGACCGCGACCGUAAACGCUCUUCUCCCCCUCUUCCCCUCUCCUCUUCGUGGGAAUCACCUCCCUCCAUCCCGCUAGACGUUCCCCACGCCGCGCUAGACGCAACUCCCUCCUCCCCUCCCCCUUCAAACCCAAACUCGUUUGCCCGCAUCGCAGCUCACACGACAUCCACACCUACACCCUGGACCCGCGUCCCAAAACCUCAGCCUACAGCUGAAGAAGACGAUGAGUAUACAGUGGAUGAAUACCAAGGGUGGACGUUGGAUUUUGAGGAAGCGGUUUUUGGCGAGGGAAGCAAAAAGAGAGGUAAAGUGGUUUUGGUUACGAAUGGGGGACGGAGGGGACGAGGUUAAGUAGGAGAACUACAAAACACAUUUUUGGAAGGUGCUCUUUGGGUAGGGUGUUUGUAUUGGGAUUGGGAUGCCUUUUUUUUUCUUUUUUUUAUGGUGGUGAAUGGAUACAGAGUUUUUGACUUUGGUUGUUUUUUGAAUUUGGGUGUUUUUGACAUGCGAGAUCUUGGAAUGCCAUCGACAUUUCCUCGUGACCAAGAGGGGGAAGCAUCAUUAUCAAGUGGCUACCUAUGCUUAAACUCGGUCUGACGACCCGCAACAUGUGAAUAUGUGUUGAUGGAUUUUUGCUGGGGGAACCGGAUGGAAGUACAUGCUGCAAGCAUCUUUGCAUUACCGGGCUGACACUCACUCUGACCAUAGAAUGUGAUUCGAGAAUAUAUUAUUUGUAUGAAAAUGAAGAAUCUUUGCACCACCUGCAAUACAGUUUCAUGAUGCUUACUGCGAGA